CGCCAAUCCAUUAACAAAGUUAACAGUAGUUGGAUAAGGCGGUUGGUGAUUUUUUUCGGGUACGUACCUCAAAUCAUGCGGAUCGUCGACUUUUUCGAAGGCAAAAACGUCUUUUUGACGGGCGGCAGUGGUUUUUUGGGAAAAGUUCUAAUAGAAAAAUUGCUGAGGUCAUGUCCAAAAAUCGGCAACAUCUACAUGUUGUUGAGAGAGAAAAAAGGCAAAAGUUUGGACAGCCGUUUGGAGAUUAUCAAGGGAUUACCGCUAUUCGAUAAGCUUAAAGAAGAAAAUCCGGAAGCCCUUAAAAAGUUAAUAGCUGUCAAAGGAGACGUCUGUGAUUUAAAUUUAGGAUUGAGCGAUGCAGAUAGGAAAAUGCUGAUCGAAAAAGUCAAUAUCAUUUAUCAUACGGCAGCUUCGGUACGUUUCGAUGAUUUCCUUAAAGCAGCACUCAUCAUCAAUGUCAGAGGCACCAGGGAGAUAUGUAAAUUGGCGUUGGAACUGACAAAUAUUUCGCUCUUCGUUCAUGUAUCCACGACUUAUUGUAAUACAGACAAAAAAAUAAUCGAGGAAAAAAUUUAUCCGGCCCAUACUGACUGGAGAGACGCCAUCAAACUUGCGGAGGAAUGCGACGAAAAUACUUUAAACACCAUGACACAAAAAUACUUGAGUCCAUUACCGAACACAUACACGUUCGCUAAAUCUCUUGCAGAGCACGUCGUCGAUGACUUGUGUAAGGGAACGAUACCCGCAAUUAUUGUUAGACCGUCAGUAGUAAUAUCUACGAGAGACGAUCCCAUAGCGGGAUGGAACGAUAAUUUCAACGGUCCAGUAGGAUUAUUGGUUGCAGGAGGGAAAGGUGUAUUACGAACAGUAUUAGGAAAUAGAGAUGCCACCCCUGAUUAUAUGCCCGUAGAUUAUGUAAUUAAAGGACUAAUUCUAGCUACAAAUCAUUAUGGGAUAAAAAGGAAUAUUAACGAAAUUGAAGUCCUAAAUGCUGCCCAACACGACAUACACACAGUCACGAUGGGCGAAGUAGUCGAUAUGGGUGCCGAACUUAUUAAAGACUGCCCAUUCAAUCAAAUUUUAUGGAACCCGAGGUUUUCGAUGACGAAAUGUUGGUACAAUUAUUACAUCCAAGUGUUGUUGUUUCAUAUGCUGCCCGCUUUCAUCUUAGAUAUAGUGCUGCGAUUGGCUGGUAGGAAACCGAUGUUAUUCACGAUACAGAGAAAAAUCUACAUAGCCAAUAACGUCCUUUUCUACUUCAUGAACAACUCGUGGGAAUUUAUGAACGAUAAAUAUAUCGCGCUUCUUGAUACCUUACAAGAUGACGACGAGAAAACAAUGUUCACCGUGAAGAUAAAAGAUUGGACCAACGAGGACAUAUUCGAAUAUUUUAAAAACGGAAAAAUGGGUGCGGCAAAAUAUAUAUUGAAAGAAGAGUUCAAUAGGGAAAAGGGAAUGAGGCAUUUGACGAGGUUAUGGUAUUUGGACAUGGCAGUAAGGACUAUCUUCUUUUCGUUCCUAUUCUGGUAUUUAAUAAUUAAAAUCGAUGUUUUCCAUGUACUUUUAAGAUUCGUACAGAAUUAUAUUAGUAAUUUAAAUUAAUUUUUAAUUGUAGGUAUGUAUUUAAAAAUUGCUCAUACUUUUGGAAAAUUAGAACGUACAGAAUGUGUGUACAGUUUUGUUUAGUUAUCAUUGUUAAUAAAAUAUUUUUAUUAUAAA